AUGUAGAUGAAUACAUAAGUUUUUUUUAGAAUAUAUUGCAAAACACUGUUUUAUUAGCAUGUCAAAGUUGUUGGAAACAAACCUGAAUUAGGAAAUUGGAAUCCGACUUAUGGUUUAUAACUUCUCACUAAUGAGAGCAUGUACCCUUUAUGGUAUACUGACUAUCCUUUAGAACUGCCUGCAUAUUCAAAGUUAGAAUUUAAAGUGGUUAUUAUUGAUGACUAAAAUAUUUUAUGGGAAUGCUGUCUCAAUAGGGAGAUGAAUGUUCAAAGCCUAAAAUAAAUUGUCAUUGUAAAUUAUAAUAAUCCUUCCAUUCAAGUUCUUGGAAUCAAAUCUUUAGUUUCAGAAGUUGAAUUACCAUAAAUUGAGUAAAAUAAUGCAAGGAAGGUAUCCAUCGAACUUUAGGAUUAUAUGUCUUAUACAGAUUCUGAUUCAGAUGAAUAAAACAGUAAAAAAUCAUAAUUAACUAACGGUAAUUCACUAUUUCCAUCCAUAAGUUCAUUCAAUAGUUGUCUAUCUCCUAAUCAAGAUCUGGAACACGAUCAAGCAGAAAUGGAUUGA